UUUGCAUAGGUUAACGUCUCUGGUUCGCCGGUCCGGUCUGGAGCACGGCGCACUGUGCUCCGAUUUUUUGUGUUUAGUGGGUGAUUACCAACAUCUUACAGAUAUGGUGACGAAAUAGCAGGUCGACAAUGCAUUCCGUAUCGGCUUCGUCAAGUCGUAUACUGUACGACGUGCCGUGUGCAGUGUGUAGCGAUCAUUCUUCAGGCAAGCACUAUGGUGUAUUUGCCUGCGAUGGCUGCGCGGGCUUCUUCAAGCGAUCCGUACGACGCGAUCGACGCUACUCGUGCAAGGCACGGAACUCCGGCGGCUGCAUCGUCGACAAGGCUCAUAGAAACCAAUGCCGCGCCUGCCGCCUAGAUAAAUGCCUGAAGGUUGGCAUGAACAAAAAUGCCGUACAACACGAAAGGGGUCCCCGAAAUUCCACCAUACGGCGUCAAAUGGCGCUUUUUUUGAAAGAUCCACCGUCAGGCUCCGACAUACCGGUACCAGGACCUCCUCCGCUAAACCUGGCCUUACCAAAACAUAACUUGGUACCGCCGCCACCAUUACCACUGUACAAUCCAUACAAUUAUCCACCUAUGGGCAUAUUUAAUACUCCAAUUACGCCCAUGCUGGCGAUGCCGCCAUCACCACCUAUUUUAAACCCGCCGAUGUUCAGGCCCAGCGACCCAUCAACUAUUUGUGAAUCAGCUGCUAGGCUGCUUUUCAUGAACGUGAAGUGGUCACGAAACAUUCCAGCAUUCGUCAAUCUUUCCAUGGAAGAUAGACUUGCCCUUUUAGAAAACUCGUGGAAAAAUCUAUUUAUUCUAGGGGCUGCCCAAUUUCUUUAUCCCAUGGAUUUAAACAUGCUAGUAGAUAGGAAUAUUUCAAUUGUAGUUAAUAAAAAAGAAAUUGAAUUCUUUGAAAGAUCAUUAGAAGAAAUAUCAAAAUUAAAUCCGGAUGCGAAUGAAUAUGGUUGCCUUCGGGCCAUAAUGCUCUUCAAUAGUCGCUUAGACAAGGACGGCGGCGGCAGUCCCAACAGCAUCAGCUCGGAGAAUAAGAAACUGCAGAACGUUGCCGCCGUCGCUCUCCUCGAGGAACAGUCAACUCUCAUGUUGAAUGAGUAUUGUCUCCGGGCAUAUCCACUGCAGCUACGCAGGUCAAGCCGACUCAUGGGCCUGAUACCCAUCAUCAAGAACGUGCCAAGCUUUACCAUCGUCGAGCUGUUCUUCCGAGCUACUGUUGGUGACAUCCCGAUAGAACGGAUCCUAGCUGAUAUGUAUACAAAUGGAAGAGCUGUAUAAUGACUACGCCAUAUUUAAACACCUACGCCAUAAUUAAAGAGCUGUUUAAUGAUUACGCCAUUGUUAAACAGCUACGCCAUAAUUAAAGAGCUGUUUAAUGAUUACGCCAUUAUUAAACAGCUCUUCUAAUUAAAAUUUCUCUAAUAAUGUUUUCAUAAUAAACAUCCUAUGUACUAUCAAUUUUAAGAGGCAAUCGAGUUUAUCCAAUGUCAUAUAAACACAAAAUUAUUUUAAAUCCUAGGUCUCAUUUGUAUACUAUUAGCUAAUUCGUAUUCCGUAAACUUAUUUCCAUAUCAAUCUUCGCUUCCAUUCUAUAGAUCACAUUAGAGAGCAUAUCGUAGUCUUAAUUUUCACUGAUAUCAUUAAACUAUGUGCUAGAGUUGACAUACGUGUAGACAUAAACUUACUUAAUCAAAUUAUUAUCAAAUACAGAAAAC